CUUCGGUCAGACGUCAAAAAUAGCCUAGGGGCAGGGAGGGGAACCGGGCUGGUUUCAGACCCCAGCGGAGGGUCCAAAGGAAUCAUGUGGACAACUUUGUCUUCCCAUAACAACAUUGUCCUCCCUCAACGGAUAGUGAAGAGGACUGAAGAUCUAGUGACCCAAUAAAAUCCAACUGGACAGGGUAGCAACCCAUCAAGCUCAUUGGAUUUGAAUCUAUUUUAAAGGAAACCAAGUGUGAGAAUCUAACACGAUUUUCCUUCACGAUUCUGGAAUAUGAAGCUUGGCGUGGCAUUGUGUUUUGCGGGGGUAUUUGGGGCUUUGGCAGCAGUGUUUAUCUUCCUUUCUUUUGGAACUGAUUACUGGCUUUUAGCCUCAGAAACCUGCUCCCCAGACGUUAAGGAAUCUAAAGACACAGACGGUCUGACAAUAACGCUAGCCGGUGAUGUGGUGUACGACGAAAGUGGCAAGAUCAUUUCAGUACAUUCUGGUCUCUUCUGGUGUUGCUAUUUUGGACUCAAAUUGGAUGAAAAUUUCAACCAGACAUGGGCACAAUGGAUCUCUCACAAGUCCCCCCUAAAAGUCUGCUACCCUGCCUACCUGUACCCAUUCCCUACGGCAAGUCCUAGCAACAAUGCAACAAACGAUAAUUCAGCUAUCAUCUACAGAGGCUUUUGGAGCGUCUUCAUGCUCAUUAGUGUGGCAGCGGUUGCUCUCGGAGGGUUCUUCAUCAUCUGUGCGGCUCCGUUUGCAAACCAUUGCCUGUACAAAGCAGGAGGUGGUCUCUUCCUGACAUCUGGUUUUUUCCUGCUGUGCGUUGUAGUGAUGCAGGUGGUGUGGCUUCAUGUCCUGGAUGUGUUCCAAACCUACAUGGAACAAAAGCGCUUAACCCAUUGUCAAGACUUCUCCAUGACCCUAAGCUACGGUCCGUCCUUUGUGUUUGCUUCCAUUGGUAUCUUCUUCUCCCUCUUGGCGGGCCUUCUUUUCCUGCUCAUUGGUCGAACUGUCCAGAUUCACCACUGAAUGUAAAGCUCACAGUUGUCACUCCUGGAAAGAUACUGUAUAAACAUGACUCUGUAGCUUCUCCUUUGGUUGCUCUGUGGUUUUAUUGAUCUGUCAAACUUGAACAGUUUGGUCCCCGAAAACAUUUGUUUUGCUUUUUUAUGUGGAGCUAAGAAAAGUUGGCCUGAGAAAUAGUGCCUUAAAAAUGUAUUUAUUCCCUUUAAAAAAUGUUUUUACAUUUUGCCAUGUUAUAGCCUCUAAAGGCUUUGUUUUAGAGUGUAUGUGAUAGACCAGCACAAGAUAGUGCAUGACUAUGAAAAGAAAAGAGAAGAAUAACAUUUUACAAAUAAAAAACCUGUAAGUGUGAUGUGCAUUGUAUUCACCAUCCUUUACUCUGUUACGCCCAACUGCCUUCAAAGUCACACGAUUUGAAAAUAUAGCCCACCUUUGUGUGAUUUCAUCUUAGUAUAAUAGUAGAAUAGUCCAGUAAAAGUCUAGACCUAAAUCCAACAGAGAAUAUCUGACUUGAAAUAUUUAGAAACUGACAAUCUCCAACUAAUCUGACUGAACUUGAACUAUUUUACAAAGAAAAAUGGGGAAACUUUGGUCUCUAGCUGUGCAAAGCUUGACUACUGGAGGCUGAGUAUAAAUGAAUGAGACUCUUUAUUCUUCAAGUUUUUAUUUAUAGUAAACUUUGAAAAUCAUUUAUCAUUAUCAUUCAAAUUCACUGUUGUCCAUUGCAUUUUUUUGGUCGGUCACAUAAAACACAGUGAGGUUUGUGCAUUAAAGGGUUGUAAAUUGUUUCUCAAAGCUCUGUACUUUUAGGUUACUUUUACAUUAACUACAACACAGUUUGUGUAAAAAUCUGUGUUUUUUUAAUUUUAAUUUGUUGAUUGAAGCUCAAUUUGUGUGCUUUAGAAAAUAAAGUUGAAGGACUAAAUUUCUAUAUACAUAUUUCUCAUUUUAUAGCAUUGUCUGUCCAAAACCUGGUCUAGGAUUAUCCCUGUGGUAAACGUUUUUCAACCUGUAUAUUUUCAGCUGUGGACACAACAAUAUCUAUAUUUGUUUUAAUCAAAGAACAUGUCAGUGUGUGUAGCAGAGUGGCUUAAUAUGAGACCCGCAUGAUGUAAAAUAUGAAUAUAGAAUAGUUAUAGACAUAAGGUUUCAGUUGUUUCAUAGGUGUAACUGUUGGAACACUAUAUACAGAGCUAAAAGGAGCUUUCUUCUUCUUUUUAAAAAGUUAAUUAAUGUAUGUUUUCAGCAAUAAGAAUACUUUUAAUUCAUCAUGUAAUGUACAAAAUUAGUUUAAGCCUAUCAUGCUUAAUAGAUUCCCCAUUUUCUGAAGAGUUGGAUUGAUAAUGAAGAUGAAAUCGAACAUUUUCCUGGUUAUAUCGUUCUGAUUUGAUGAUGUUACUGGCCAAGUAUAGGUUGGUUCCUGUCUGAAACAAUAGUUUUAUGUUGACACUGUUACGCUAUUUACUAUAAAUGAUUUUGUCACAACUUCAAUAAAUAUUAGACUGUG